CAUGGCUGCCUCCACAGAAAACAUGUUAGUACUAAGUAAAACCACAGAGAAAGGAUAUAUUUUACAUCAUAUUUACGUGUAUUUCUUAUUAAAACACUGAUUCAGUUUAAAGAUUUACAGAUUUUCGCAGCGAUUAAUUAAAUUAUAUGGCUGUGAAGUGGCUUUGUUUAUUUUAUAAAGCUAUUUAAUGAUCCUUCAGUGGUGAGCAGCACAAUGCCAUUAGUCAACAUUCGUACCUGUGUCCGGUAUGGUAUACACGUGGGUCUACGUUCAUUUGCCACAAAGCCUGUCAGCACAACCAGGAACCAGCAAGAUGACAUAGCCGUGUUUCAGUAUGUGGGUCAGCACAGGAAGCCCAAAGAAAAGGUGUUUGUAUGGGGCUUCAGCUACACCGGAGCUUUAGGAAUCCCCAGCUUUGUGGUACCUGACAGUGGCAGGAAAAAGCCCAGGAAAUACCAGCUCACACCUUAUCGCCUGGAUACUGAACAAAAGAUUACCUCGGCAGCCUGUGGAUAUGGAUUCACGUUGCUGGCAUCUAAUAGUAAAGACCUGACCAAACUGUGGGGCAUGGGCCUGAACAAAGAUUCCCAGCUGGGCUUUCAGCGUACUCAGAAAGACAGACAUAAGAGUUAUGACUAUGUUCUGGAACCUUCUCCAGUGUCUCUCCCAUUGGCCAAGCCUCAAGAGACACGAGUGAUGCAGGUGUCUUGUGGCCGCGCUCACUCGCUGGUGCUCACAGAUUCUGAGGGAGUUUUCAGUAUGGGUAAUAAUGCUUAUGGACAGUGUGGCAGGACGAUUGUGGAGGAUGAGGUUUACAGUGGAAGCCAUGUUGUUCAACAGAUUGAGGGUUUUGACAGCCGGGUCAUCCAGGUGGCUUGCGGGCAGGAUCACAGUGUGUUUCUAACAGAAAAAGGCUCAGUUUAUUCCUGUGGGUGGGGGGCAGAUGGACAAACAGGUCUGGGCCACCACAACAAAGCCUCCUGUCCGCUGCCUGUUGGGGGAGACCUUGCUGGGGUCAAAGUUCGGCAGGUGGCCACAUAUGGAGACUGUAGCUUGGCUGUGUCAAAUGAUGGGCAGCUGUACGGUUGGGGGAACUCGGAGUAUCUACAGCUGGCUUCUGUCACCGAGUCGACCCAGAUUAGCUCGCCCCGGCUGCUGCCCCUGAAGGCUGUGGGUCGAAUCAGACAGGCGGCAUGUGGAGGAACACAGGUGGCUGUUUUGAACGGGGGAAAAAUCCACACGCACAUGGCCAUGUGUGAAAAAGUGUUUGCCCCCCUGUGGUUUCCCAAUGGUUACUGCCACUCCUGUUUGCAAUCAAGAAAUCUGUACCUGUCUGACAAAGUGAAGUAGACCAAAAGGUCCUCAAAAGCUACACAUCAUGUUGAGAUCCAAAGAAUUUCAUGAACAAAUGAGAAAGAAAGUAAUUGAGUAUCAGUCUGGAAAAGGUUAUAAAGCCAUUUCUGAAUAUUUGGGACUCCAGCGAACCACAGUGAGAGCCAUUAGCAAAAACAUGGAACAGUGGUGAACCUUCCCAGGAGUGGGCGGCUGACCAAAAUUACCCCAAGAGCGCAGGGACGACUCACAAAAAGGUCACACAAGACAACAGCAUCCAAAGAACUGCAGGCCUCACUUGCCCCAGUUAAGGUCAGUGUUCAUGACUCCACCAAAAGAAACAGACUGGAAAAAAAUGGCCUGCAUGAAAAAAGAAUCUUGAUGCUCCCCAAGACUUUUGGGAAAACACUCGAGACAAAAGUUGGAAGGUGUGUGUCCACUUACAUCUGGUGUAAAAGUAACAAAGCAUUUCAAAAAAAGAAAAACAUCAUACCAACAGUAAAACAUGGUGAUGAUCUGGGGCUGUUUUGCUGCUUCAGGACCUGGAAGACUUGCUGUGAUAAAUGAAACCAUGAAUUGUCUACCCAAAAACUCCUGAAGGACAAUGUCUGGUCAUCGGUUCAUGACCUCAAGCUGAAGCAAACUUGGGUUCUGCAGCAGGACUAUGAUCCAAAACACACCAACAAGUCCACAACUGAAUGGCUGAAGAAAAACUAAAUGAAAUCUUUGGAGUGGCCUAAUCAAAAUCCUGACCUCAAUCCUGUGGCAUCACCUUAAAAAGGCUCGAAAACCCCCCAAUGUGGCUGAAUUACAACAAUUCGGCAAAGAUAAGUGGACCAAAAUUCUUCCACAGCGCUGUAACAGACUCAUUGCAAGUUAUCACAAAACGCUUGAUUGCAGUUGUUGCUGCUAAGGGUGGCCCAACCAGUUAUAAGUUUAGGGUGCAAGCACUAUUCCACACAGGGCCAUGUGGGAUUGGAUUUUGUUUUCCCUUCAUAAUAAAAUCCUUUAUUUAUAAACUGCAUGUUGUGUUUAGUUGUGUUAUCUUUGAUUAAUAUUUAAAUGUGUUUUAUGAUCUGCAACAUUAAAAUGUGACAAACAUGCAAAAAAAUAAAGCCGAACCCAAAUUUUUAACAAGAACUAAUAAUUAAUCUUUUGUAUUAUUGUUAUCUUUCCUAUGUGUUUUAUGUUAUUAUUAAAACAAAUAAUC